AUGUCGAAGAGCAGCAGCAACAGCUCACAAAGAAUCACAUGUAAAGCAGCAGCUGUAAUAUGGGGAAUAGGGGAACCGUUGAAGGUUGAAGUGAUAGAAAUAGAAGCACCAAAAUCCACUGAAGUUCGAGUGAAGAUGCUAUAUGCAAGCAUAUGUCACACUGACAUCUUACGUUCCAAAGGCAAAGGAGAUCCUAUUCCACUCUUUCCUCGAGUCCUGGGCCAUGAAGGCGUUGGAAUGGUGGAGAGCGUUGGGGAUGAAGUAAAUGGUCUUGAAGAAGGAGAUUAUGUGAUACCAACAAUGUUGGCAGAGUGUCGAGCCUGCGAGAAUUGUACAUCUCCAAACACCAAUCUAUGCCUCACCUACCCUUUAGAUCGCAAUGGUCUAAUGUUAGAUGGUACUUCAAGAAUGCACAUCAGAGGCCAUAAGUUGUACCACAUGUUUACUUGCUCCACAUGGUCUGAGUACAUGGUUGUCGAUUCCAAUUAUGUUCUCAAGAUUGAUCCAAGUAUAGUUCUGCCUCAUGCCAGUCUAUUAUCGUGUGGAUUUUCAACUGGAUUUGGGGCAGCUUGGAAGGAAGCUCAGGUUAAAAAGGGAUCAACUGUGGCUGUUUUAGGCCUUGGUGCUGUUGGACUAGGGGUCAUAGAAGGAGCUCGAAUGCAAGGGGCAGCUAGGAUAAUCGGCAUCGAUAAGAAUAGCAUGAGAAAGGAGAAGGGACAAGUUUUUGGAAUGACUGAUUUCGUAAACCCUGAUGAGUUUGAUGUAUCUAUUUCACAAGUGAUAAAAGACCUUACUGGUGGAAUGGGAGUGGAUUAUUGCUUUGAGUGCGUUGGUGCUGAGCCCUUGGUUAAUGAAGCCAUUCAAGCAACAAAAGAGGGGAAAGGAAAAGCAAUAGUGAUAGGCGGAGGAAUCAAGAGCGUAAAGAUAGAUUAUUUUCCUCUUUUGAGUGGUAGAACCCUAAAGGGAAGCAUUUUUGGAGGGCUCAAAGUAAAAUCUGACCUCCCCAUUGUAAUCGACAAAUGCAAAAAUAAGGAAUUCCAUAUCGAUGAACUUUUGACUCAUCAAGUUACAUUACAAGAUAUAGAGAAAGCAUUUGAGCUGUUGAAGCAACCAGAUUGUGUGAAGGUGCUCAUCAAGAUUGAUUGA